GAUGUCUGAAGAAGAACAACCUCAAUGAAACUCGACGCCAAUGGCGCGACCGAGAUGCACAUCGGCGAAGAUUUGUCAUCACCGAACAUAAAACUCGUUGUUUCGAUCAAUCGCAAAUUGUACCUGAAUGAGAAGACUGCUGAUGUGCAUUUUCUAUUCGAAACAGAUGGCAUCAGUGACAUAGAACGAAUUCCAGCUAACAAAGUGAUUUUGUCCACUGGCAGCAAAGUUUUCGAGACAAUGUUCUACGGAUCGAUGGCCGAAGGCGAUGAAGUGAAAAUAUCAGAUGUAAGCUCAUCGGCAUUCAGAGAGUUCUUGCAAUUCUUCUACCUUGACGAAAUCAGCUUGAGCGUCAAUAAUAUCGCUGAUGUGAUGAACCUGGUCCGAAAGUAUGGCAUCGAACGAUGCAUGGUGCAGUGCUCUGAUUUCCUCAAGGAUGUAAUGACUAAUGAAGACGUCUGUUCCGCGUAUGAGUUGGCAGUUCAAUUUGAUUUGGAUGAUUUGAAGCAUUUUUGCAAACGAAAAAUAUCCGCCAACGCAGAGGCCGUUUUGAAGAGUAACGAUUUUCUGAAUUGCAAGGGGUCGUUGUUUCAGCUCAUCGUACGAAUGGAUUCGUUGAUGUGCGAAGAAAUAUGCGUUUUCGACGCAUGUAUUGCAUGGGCUAAAAGAUCGUGUGAAAUGAAUGGAAUGGAUCCUAGCGAAAGCAAAAAUUUACGUGCGAAACUAGGUGAAUCGGUUUUGUAUUCGAUUCAUUUCAAUCGAAUGCAGUUAGAGCAUUUCGCUUCACGCAACGCGAAGUGCGUCGGACUUUUCACGGGUCUAGAAAUGUCAGAGAUUCUGCAAUUGAUUGCAUGCAAGGAAUAUAAACCGGAUUCUUUCACUGCCAGUCCGGUUUGCUACGCCACAUUCUUUUGGGAUGAAAAACGGAUUUUCGAGUGUUGCCUCGAUCGAUUGGGAACUGUUCAUAGCAGAAAUAAUCGGAAAAAAGAAAUGGUCACUCUUACAACUGUCUCAGAAAAUCGAACAAAAUGAGAAGUUGCUCCUUAAGGCAACUUUUCACGUUAGCAGUGAAGAUUUUGCCUUUGUAAAUUUUCCAAAACCUAUCCUGAUACAUCCGAAGCGGUCAUACAAAAUUGAAUUAAUCAGUUCUAUGGCUGAUAUUUUCCAGAGUCGAUACAUAAAUACUCGGAAUAUCGAAUUUGAGGACCUUGAAUUGAACUUCGAUGAGUAUUUCGCAUU